UUCAUUUUUUGGGUGAACUAUCCCUUUAAGUGCACAAAGAAUCAACAGCAUUUCAUCAAAAAAAUAAAACAUGUAAAAGGACGCUGCAGUUCUGCGUGACCACCAGUUGGGGUCAGUGUCGGUCAGGUAGCCCCCGUCGCGCUAACCUCCCUGGGGCUAAUUCUACGUGCGCAGCUAUGCUAAACAUUACCGCAUGUUCUUGUUGUGAACAUGCUAACCAGCGCGGAGCCGGGGCGUCAUGAGCCCCAACGAGCCGUCGCAGCAAAGGCCAACGCGUCUCCGGGCUCCAUUGAGAUGCCGUUCAGCUAGCUAGCUGAAGAAGAGACGCUCCCCGUGUCCUCCACUGUCCGUGUCUCUGUCCGGAUCCCUUUCGUUAGUGUGAGAGGAAGUCAAUAACGAGCUGAUAUUGACAGUAAAGGAGAGCUUUGACGUUCUUUCCCUCCAGCCCUCGGACGAGGAGGAAAUGACCCAACUGAGUGUCCGUCGCUGGACGCCCAAACACGUCGCCAAGUGGCUGAAGGAAGAGGGCUUCUGUGACUAUGUGGACCUGCUGUGCAACAAGCACCGACUGGACGGCACCAGUCUGCUCGCCCUCAGCGAGUACGACCUCCGUGCGCAGCCUCUGGAGCUCAAGGUGCUGGGGGACAUCAAGCGGCUAAUGGUGGCGAUCCGCAAACUUCAGAAACAGAACAUGGACGUGCUGGAGGAGCUCGGUCUUCCCUUCGACGGCCACUCUCCUACAGCCUCUGGGGGAAGUUUGGACUGGAUGUGUAACGGAGACUCGGGCAGAGACUGUGACAGCACUGACACAGCACCGGUGGGAGAGGAGUAUCACCAGUACACCAAUGGAAAGUACAAGCAGCAGACCAGGCGUCUGGAUCCAGAGUACUGGAAGACAGUGCUCAGCUCCAUCUACGUGGUGUUUGUGUUUGGGUUCACAUCCUUUGUCAUGGUCAUAGUGCAUGAGAGGGUCCCUGACAUGCGCACAUACCCUCCACUGCCAGAUAUCUUCCUAGACAGUGUGCCUAGAAUACCGUGGGCCUUUGCCAUGGCGGAGGCAUGUGGAGUGAUCCUCUGCAACAUCUGGCUGCUCGUUCUGCUGCUGCAUAAACACAGAUCCAUCCUGUUGCGGCGUUUGUGCAGCCUCAUGGGGACGGUGUUCAUGCUGCGCUGCAUCACCAUGUUUGUCACUUCCCUGUCAGUGCCAGGACAGCACCUGCAGUGCUCGGGAAAGAUAUACGGUGACAUGUGGGCCAAACUGCAGCGAGCUGUUGCCAUCUGGAGCGGCUUUGGGAUGAGCCUGACCGGAGUGCAUACUUGUGGUGACUACAUGUUCAGUGGUCACACUGUGGUCCUCACCAUGCUCAACUUCUUCGUCACAGAGUACACCCCACGAAGCUGGAACUUCAUUCACACGUUGUCCUGGGUCCUCAAUCUUUUCGGCAUCUUCUUCAUCCUGGCCGCACAUGAACACUACUCCAUCGACGUGUUCAUCGCCUUCUACAUCACUACCAGACUCUUCCUGUACUACCACACUCUAGCCAACACCCGGGCCUACCAGCAGAGCCGACGAGCUCGCAUCUGGUUCCCCAUGUUCUCCUUCUUCGAGUGCAAUGUCAACGGACCCGUCCCCAACGAGUACUGCUGGCCCUUCUCCAGACCUGCUGUGAUAAGGAGGCUGAUAGGAUAGAAGAAAAAAAACAAAACAAGAGCAACAUCGGUACAGUCAGAAACUACUUAACCUGUGCUGUUUUGUCUGCUUUGUGAAGUUGCCAACUGAGGCGGUGUGUGAUGUCCUCACCAGGAAAGACAACUGAUGUCACCCCCGUCAGCACGGAGGCAUGAUGGGAUACACUUAGCCAUACCCUCUCAUAUUCUGGGACUUAGCUACUAACCUGCUACCCCUAUCCCCAUUUUUAGGAGGAGUAGACUAAAUCUAUAAAACCCUGCCGAGUUUAAAAGCAAAAACACUUUCUGCCUGACUUGAAAACUGAAGGAGCGAACAACAUUUUUUUCUGGUCACUCCCAGGUUAAUGACUUAGUGUUUAGAUAGUAUGUGAAAGUAGGAAGACACGUCUGAAAAUUCUCAGGCAGCAGUGUAGCUAAUCCUUCCCAGCAGUUACGCCCGGGCCACACCGGGUGCGUGUGACAGCUGCGUCGCUGAUAUGCUGCGUCUCUUGCGAGUUUGUUGUUGAACCGCUAUGUGAGGUUUCGGGUCCAGGAAGGAAAACCAGCCUAUGUACUCAACUAAAUGUCAAGACUGUAUCUUAUGAAGCUGUGUAUUUUCUGGUCGUGCAAUAACAAUACAAACCACGUUUAAACAAAUUAAUGGAUUCACUCAACAGAAACGCGAGAGUGAUUUUACUUUGAAACAGGUACAGGAAGUUUUUACAUUUGUGACAUAUUCGACUGAUAGACACUGAAACUGCGGUGAAAGAAGAUUUUCACUGUCUAUUUUGUUGUGAACCACGCGUGUUAAGAAAAUAGGCGAGGCCCCGAAGAGCAGUGUGGCUGCUCUAACCUUUAUAACAAGGCGUUUCCACAAUGCACUCGCGCCACUCAUGCAUCCAGUGUGGCCCACGGGUGUUAACCAUUCCUAGUGCAAUUUAAAAAAUCAUUUCAAGGUUUGGAUCUUGAUUCCUGACUGAAGGUUUUGUCUUCUGACUUUGUAAUUUAUCAGAACAUAACUCUGUGGACCACUGUUGAAGCAAUAUGUAAAGAGCUACCUGAAGUUAAUGCUCUUUUCCUGUAUAGCAGUUUCUUUCCAUCACGGUGAGAAGCAGAUGUUUUGAAAGUCUCCUGCAUUCCUUGAGAUUACGCUUACAUUUGGACAGUGUUGCUAAAUACUAAAAGAGAAAAUCCACAGCUUAGAUUAACAUGCAUUGACUUAUUUGUUUUUAUUGUUCACGUAGCCUAAUUUCUCUUAACAGACCUAGAAGAGAUACAUUUAAAGAUGUCUCUAUCAGCCAAAUGCGUGGAAUUAAUUGUAUUUCCAGCUGUCUUAAGUAUUAUUCCAUUUGCCAAUUACCUUGAGUAUACGAUAGUUCUCUUGCUGUGUAGAAAUAUUCCAAAUCUUACUAUGUUUACAGUUGGGUAGUUGGAUAGUGCUUUUUUAAAUCACCAUACAGUGUAAAUGACCCGUAUACCAUUUGAGCUCACCCAGAUAGGACCCCCUUGACAUUAAAUCUGUAGUAACGGUUCUUUAAAUAGGAACCUUUUCAUUUGUAGGUAUUUGUUGCUAUUAAUUUAUUUCAUUUUUGUAAAUGUUGAUAGGUAUUUUUAUAUUUCAUGUACAGUUGCAGCAACAUGCACAUAGAGAAAUGUUUACAGUUGCUUGUAACUUUUGUUUGAAACACAAUGUGCUAUUUAAGUGUAAUGUAGAUUUCAGAUGGGCCUCUGCAUUUCAUCGAGUGAUACUUGCCGCUGCAGUAAAACAUGUUGUUGCUUUGGUCAUUGCAGCACGUUAGGUACAUGAGAAUCUGAAUAAAGGUGACUUUUCAUUGAGGAAUGAUGAUGCUCUUAUGUUCAUAUGCGAAGCCACUUGAGUUGUUUGAUGUCUCGCUUGGUCAUUUCCAUCAUUAAAGUGCUGUAUUCACAGA